GUUAAACAGCAUCACAGAGAAGAGAGCAACAACGGGUGUGCAGAGAGGAUCAGAGCUGACAAGACUGACUCAACAACUUAUGAAAGCAAGAUUUUUUUUAUUCUGUCUACUGCUGAAAUAUGAGUGAGUCCAGUGUUUGCCAGGUGAGAGCAACUGUCAUGAUGUAUGAUGACAGCAACAAGCGCUGGGUACCUGCAGGAUCUGAUAGUGCUUCCUUCAGCCGGGUCCAGAUCUUUCACAACACCAUGGCCAACACUUUCAGAGUGGUGGGCCGCAAACUGCAGGCAGACCAGCAGGUGGUGAUCAACUGUCCCAUAAUCAAAGGGAUGAAGUAUAACCAAGCCACAGCAAACUUUCAUCAGUGGCGGGAUUCCAAGCAGGUGUGGGGGCUGAACUUUGGCAGUAAAGAAGAUGCUGCUCUUUUUGCUAAUUCCAUGAUGCACGCUUUAGAAGCCCUUAAUGUACCGGCAGGCUCAGAGCCGUGUGGACCUUCUGCCCAGGAGCUGGAACACCAGAGAAGGCUUGAGUGUCAGAGGCAGGAACAGCAGGAAAAGGAGAGACAGGCAUCUACUGCUGCAUCAACCCCUCCUGCUUUUGUACCACCAACCCCAGCAGCUCCCCAACCACCCCCACCACCUUCAGGCCCACCUUGCCCACCUGCACCCCCUCCCCCUCCAUCUGGAGGGCUUGCUCCACCAGCACCACCCCCACCCACUGCUGGAGCAGGUGGAAGCAGUAGUGGGGGUGGAGGUGGAGGGGCGAACAAUCUGGCUGCUGCUCUGGCAGGAGCUAAACUGCGUAAAACUGUUACGGAUGUAGCAGAUCCCAAGCCAGCAACACCAUCUAGUGGAAGUGGGUCUGGAGGUGGAGGGGGAGGUCUAAUGGGAGAGAUGAGUGCUAUUCUGGCCAGGAGAAGGAAAGCUGCUGAUGAUCCUGCAGCGAAACAAAAACCAGAACAUAGUAAAGAAGACAACUCAAAAUCAAAAUUCUCAGACGCAGGAGCAGAAAGAAAUGGAAAGGCAAAGGAAAAUGUUGCCAGUGCUCAAAGGUUCAAGAUGCCCAAGAAAGGCUCAGAUGGUGUAGACAAUGAUAUGGAAAAAAUCAAACAGGAAAUUCUGGAUGAAGUGAAAAGGGAACUCCAAAAAGUGAAGGAUGAGAUUAUCAAGGCAAUAACUGAGGAGCUACGAAGUGCCCAGCCACAGUGAUGACCACAAAAAUCAGAGGACUGGACCAAGAACCAACCAGUCAAUCAAGCAGUCAAAUCAUACAAUUGGGCAAACCAAUAAAACCCUCUGCUGACUGCUCCAAACAUGAUAGAGUCAGGGACAUGUUUUCUCAGGACAUUGUUUCAUUGUAGAACUACAGUGAACUGGUGUCAAAGUGUAUACUUUAAUGAUCAUAGUUCAGACAACCAGUAGAGUUUAAAAGAGAUGGCCUGAAACAUUUGUCACAUUUAACAACACCAAUUUCCCAACCAUGUAUACGUAAAAAAAAAUUCAAACCUACACAAAACAAAAUAAAACACACAAAGAAAGAGUUAGACCUUUAGAAUUUUAAAUGAAAGUAAUAUAUUAAGAGAUACUUAAUCCAGCCUUUUAUGUAAUCAUCUUAGGAAUUUACAAGGCCAUGUUAACUUUCAGUUAAAAUGUUCACGUUAAUUUCAAAGUCCAAAAACAUGAGGUGUGUCUGUGCUAGGUGUGAAUUUGAAAUGCUUUAAGUCCAAAGAAAGGCUCCGUCCACACAGAGACAAAUUCAGGUGUAUACGCAAACGUUUUUUUUUUGUCGUAUUGUCGUUUCAUCCACACUGAAAUGGCAUUUUGGGUGACUGUAAACGCUACUUUUUGAA